AUGAGAUGUGAACAAUGUGAACAAGAGGAUAUGUUAAAUCUAUCAACUGAUAAUGAAUUUUAUUACUAUUACGGCAAAAACAAACGUAAAAAUUGGAACUCUUAUCAAACUGUUAAUAAUUUAUUUGCUGAGGCCAUAAGUAAUGUUGUUAAAGAUGGUGAUUUGGUCUGGGUACAGGAUUAUCAUUUUAUGUUGCUACCACGUAUGUUAAGAGAGAAAGUUGAAGUACUUGAUGGUGUAUUGAAUUCUGAUUUGAUUGGAUUUCAUACAUAUGAUUAUGCUAGACAUUUUUUAUCAUCGUGUACACGAAUAUUAGAAUUAAAUGCUAUGCCAAAUAGGAUUGACUUUGAAGGUAGACAUGUUCAUGUUGGAACUUUUCCAGUAGGAAUUGAUCCUGACAGGUUCGCUGAAGCGUAA